UUUUAAAUUUUCACCUUAGAAUGGACUACUACAGACAGUCGCAAUGAUGUUUUCAAACUGCUGCUUACAAUACACAUAAGAUGAGAUCAUUUAAAAAUAGCUGAGCGACCGUACGCUAAAAGAGGCGCGUUACAACAGUGAGCGGCAUUGUCGGGAAUUGAAGGACGCAUUUCGGGUGACAUACGACUUCUGGAAAUAAUCGUCAGGCGUAUCAUAGCCCGAGACCCCCAAAUGGGUUUUAUUGACGCCGCCGUCGGCGGAACCGAUCGUUCUGAGCGGUCCGCAUUGACGGCGGCGAGCGAUUGAGAAAGGCUGGUUAAAAACGGCAUGAGUUGAGUUAUUUAAAACCCAGACUGGAGAACAAGGUUCAUUUGUGCCGCCGCAACCCCUGGAGCAGGCAGAAGAGGACUUCGGGAGCGCCACGCCGAUUGGCCGCUCGGACAGAAAGGGGCGGUCCCGCUGAAUUAGCGAGAGACGCUAAAGGCAGACGUCCUGCAGUGAUCAAACCCCGGGUGAUCAGACAGCCGGUCGUUUGAAGUGAUUGUCGCGCUCCGCCACAUGAAGGCCUCCCCCCCCCCGGCUUUGGGCCUAAUGAGUUCACUUAGGGCCCUUUAGAAGGACCCCGACGCGGCAGCGCAAGGGACACAGAGUCAACACGGAGCCACGAGAGCAAGAGGAGAGCAGCGGCGGCGGCGGCAGGCUCGAAUGCCGAAACUUAUCUUGCUGCUCCGUGCCAACAAACCCGAGCUGAAGAUUUUUGAGAAUGCCACACUUAUCUGACUGCGGCUACUACGCGAUGCGGGAUGCGACCAGAGCUUCCAACGUCCAGAGCCAACUGGAGAACACCAAGUUCCACCUCCAUCAGAGCCAGCAGGUCAAGCAGUACCUGACGCUGGGCUCCAAGUUGGCCUCGUCGACGGCCCACCCCCACGGCCCCGGCCAGCCGCUGCCCACCGUGCCCGUCAUGCGCAACGUCGACGACCCCAACAGCCCCGGCGCCCUUAUGGCCAUGGCCAACCACGACAGCGAGUUCCCAAUGGAUGAAGUGAUUGACGACCUGAUCAGUCUCGAAUCGGGCUUCAAAGAUGGAGGCCUGGAUUGCAUGGAGUCCAACAUCCUCAUGCAAAACAAUGUGUCCCUCAGUAGCAGCAUGCUGGACGUGUAUGGGGGUGAACAAGGUAUGAACGCCCCUAAUGGUGGACUGAGUCCCACAUCUAACCCCACAAAGCUCACAGUAAAAAGGGAAUCCACAGAGCACGACACGCGGGUCAUGGCCAAGGAACGGCAGAAAAAAGACAACCACAAUCUAAUCGAAAGAAGACGAAGAUACAACAUCAACUACAGGAUCAAAGAGCUGGGGACGCUCAUACCAAAGUCAAACGACCCGGACAUGCGCUGGAACAAAGGCACCAUCCUGAAGGCCUCGGUGGAGUACAUCAGGUGGCUGCAGAAGGAGCAGCAGCACGCUCGCGAGCUGGAGAGUCGCCAGAAGAAACUGGAACAGGCCAACAGGAGGCUGAUCCUCCGGAUUCAGGAACUUGAGAUCCAAGCCCGGGCGCACGGCCUCCCCAACCUGGCCACCUCGUUGGUGACGACGGAGCUGAAUUCGCACCUCCUCAAACAGCAGCAGUCGUCCCCUCACGCCCCGCAGCCCCCGCAGCCCCCGCUCUACCAGGAAGACCCCAACGCCGAUUACCUGCAGCGGAUAUCCGCGGGGGGGGCCGGCGCGCCGACCGCCCCCGCGCCAUCCGGGCCGCAGGACCACGCGGCGGGCGCCGACGGCUGCGCCGCCUUCUCCGACCCGCUGUCGCACUUCACCGAAAUUUUCAGCGCCACGCUCAAGGGGGAGCACCGGCUGGACCAGAUCCUGAUGGACGAGGCGCUGUCCCCGUUCGGCGCCGACCCGCUGCUGUCGUCCGGCUCGCCCCGGGCCACGUCUAAGGGCAGCAGCCGCCGCAGCAGCUUCAGCUCAGGGGAGGGCGACGACCUCUAAUCCC